AUGCAAUAAUAAAAAGUGUUCUUUGGAAACUAGUAGAGUGUAUACCUUUCUUAAAUGUGCUUCUAAGGUACAAAAUAUAGAUUAUAUUCAACAUCUGAAUACAAUUAUGUUGUAAAACUAUAUGAUAAUGGAUAAGAAAAGGUAAUCACUUUAAUUAUGAAUUCUAAUUUAGUAUUUGAAUACUGAGUUACAAGCUGUUCAUAUUUUUAAAGAUUAUGGAAAUAGUAACAUAGCAAAAGCAUUUGAAGGAGAUCUAUAAUAAAACAUUAAAGUAAUAGUUUUUGAAAAAGCUGAAGUCCUCCAAAACAUUUUGAAGGAUUCUUAAAAAGGUUUAGAGGAACCUCAAGUCCUAAAAGUAAGCAGAAAAAUUAGUGUAGAUCUUAUUAGAUUUGAGUAAAGGAUUAAAAAAAUGUCAUAGCUUAGGAAUUACUCAUCGUGAUAUUAGACCUGAAAAUAUAUUGAUUGGAUUAGACAAAUAAGCUAAAUUAUGGAAUUUUUAACGUUGCUUUUUUUAAGUACUAAAUUAUUUUAAUUUAGUAAUAUGAUCAUUUGCCAAAUGAAUAUAUUUCUUAAAUUAAAGAAGAAAUUGAUGCACAUACAUUUGAACAUGUUAGAGCACCUGAAUAAAAGGAUUUCUCUUAAAGAUGGCCAAUUACUAAAAAAGUUGAUAUUUAUGCUUUAGGAUAGUUAAUGUAUUAUAUCCUAUUUAAAGUACGCUAUGAUUAAAAUCCUCGUUGGGAAAAAAAGUAUCAAUUUUAUUAUAUAAGUCCGAAAUGGGGUCUCUAUAGUAAUAAAUUGUAGGAUCUAAUUAAAUUACUAUUAAUUCCUAAUCCAAAAGAUAGAUUGAGUGCUGAAUAAAUUGAAGAAUAUAUUCAAACUCAUCUAAUAAAUUAAAAGUAAAUUAAUUUUUAUAACUAGUAUUAUUUCUUCAUAAAUUCAUAUUAGAAGUUUAUCAACUAAUGAAAAAAUGAAUAGAGAAAUAUAAACUUAAAGAAAUCAAAAUGGUAAAAAUAAUUAAUUAGAAUUGAUUAAUUUUCAACAUCCAUCAUCAUCUUCCUUAUCUACUAAAUUUGUUAAAUUAGUUAGUAAAGUAGCAUAAAAAACAGAUUAUUGGGUUGCUGCAUGUUUGGAAGAAGUUGAUGCUGCUCCAAAUUAAAAAUAUUUUAGAUAUCUUCAUGUCAAAGCAUGGUAAAAGAAAGCUAAAAUUCCUAAGUUUUAUGAAAAAUUAUCUAAUAGAUUACAAUUGAAUUCUGUGAUAAUUACUUUUAAGGCUCUAUAAUUGUUACAUAAUUACUUGAAAAAAGGUCCUUAAGAAGUUUAUUUAGUCAAUAAUUAAAAUUCAUCUCCUCUUGCUAUUUUAGAGAAAAUUAAAAAUUUUUAAGAAACAUCUCUAGCCAAAACAUCUAAAGAUAAAUUCAGAUCUCAAUUCUUUUCUAAUUUGUUAUAUAGCUAUUCUCUUAUAUUAAUAGAAAAAGUCAAAUUUCAUCAAUUUUAUUUAAAAUAUUUUGAAGGUAAUUUUGCUAUGGUUCCAUUCUUUAAUAAUAUGAACUCUAAAGAUAAAUUAAAAAUAAGCAUUGCUAUAUUAAGUAAUUUGAUAAAUUUGUGGAAACAAUUUAAUAUAUUCAUAAAUAGUUUUUAAUUCUAAAAAUAAAUUCUCUUCAACUUAUAAUUAGGAUUUGCAAUUACUAUGGCAGAUGAAUUAUACAAUAUAUUAUGUACAUGUACACACAUAUAUUAUGCAUUAAAAUAAAGUACUAAUUACAUAAGUGGUGUGCCUCCUUCUAAUAAUGAUAUCAAAUAAAUAUUCAUUUAAUUACAAGAUGAUUAUCAAACUAAUUUUGUAAAUACUACAUUAUUUUUUCAGUAAUGUAAAUAGAUUCCUCAAUUUUAUUAAAUAAUUCCUGAACCUCCAAGAAGUGUUAUAGAAAGUUUAAAAAAAGUACCAUUUUUUUAGUCAAAUAAAGGGGAAUUCAAUAUUUAUGAUUAUUUAAGUUAUUCUACAUCUAUUGAUGGUAUUAAAUUACCAUAAAGUUAUGGAGAAAUAAUGAGCACUUAAGUAAUGGAAUAUGAUGAUGAAGUUGUAGAAUUGGAUCCAAGAAAUGAAAAAUUUGCUACACAAUAUCCAAUUAAACCAGUUUUAUCAGUGUAACCAUUUAGUGAAAGAGUGAAAAAAUUUAGUUUUGAAAUGGAACCUAUAGUUAAUAAUAAUUCUUCAAAUAAUUCUAUUUCUAAUUCUAACAUUCCAUAAUAAUAAUAAUAAUUAUUAAAGUAACAAUAAUAAUAAGUAUAAGUAUUAGAGGAUAUUCAAUUUUUGAAUUAAUAAUAAUAAAGUUAAAAUAAAAAUACAGAAUUCAAAAAGAAAUAAAUAAAAUAAUAAAAAUAAGGAUCUCAUUCUUAUCAAGGGUUAGAAAUUUCAGAUGAUGAUGAGGAAUAACAAAAUGAAGAUGAGACAGAAUAGUUUCCUAAUAAACCAAAUGAAAAUUAAUAAAAUAACUCAAGAGCACCUUUAGCGAAUUAAAAUAUUUAGUUAACAAAAGAAUUAUUAAAUGAUGAAGAAUUUUUGAAUUGGGGAGAAAAAAAGAAUGGUUCAUAUAAAUAAAAUAGUAUUAAUAUAAAUUAGAGUUAAAGAAUAUAAUCUGCAAAUUCUUAGCCAAUAAAUAAUAAUUAUUUUGAUUAAUUUAAUCAAAAAAGUAAAAAUGGUAUGAUUAUUAAUAAUAAUAAUAAUAAUAAUAAUAACAAUAAUAACAAUAAUAAUAAUAAUAUUAAUAAUAAUUAUCAUAAUAAUAAUAAUAAUUAAAACAAUAAUAAUAAUAGUAAUUAUAAUAAUAAUCAAAAUAAUAAUAAUAGUAAUAAUAAUAAUAAUAAUAAAAUAUCAUAGUAAAAAGUAGAUCUAAGUUUAUAAAUAUAGUAAAGAUAAUAAUAAUAAAAUAAUUUUUAAGUAGUAGAUUAUUUUUAAAAGUAGGGAAAAAGUAAAUAAAUUUUCAUCAUAUUUUAGACGUUUAAGAAUGGAUGAUAAAUCAUGAUCAAUUAAAAUUAGAAAGAUUAAUUGGAACUGGAAGUAGUUGUGAAGUUUAUAAAGGAUAUUGGAAAGGAGGUGAAGUUGCUAUAAAGAAGAUGAAAAUAAAGUCUUUAAGUGAAAAUCAUUUAAAAGAAUUCAGAAGAGAAAUAUCUGCUUUUGUAACAAUUCAGAAACAUAACAAUUUGGUUUAACUGAUGGGAAUAUCUUAAAAGGAAGAUGAAUUAUAUAUAGUAACUGAAUUUUGUGCAGGUGGAACAUUAUUUGAUUUAUUGCAUAGAAAGAAACACCUAGAUAUAACAUGGUAGAAUAGAAUAAAAAUAGCUUUACAAAUAGCAGAAGGAAUGUUACAUUUACAUAAAUUGAAUCCACCAUUAAUUCAUCGAGAUUUAAAAAGCUUAAAGUAAAUUUAAGUUUUUAUUAAUUAUAGUUUAUUAUUAGAAUAAACUUAUGAUCAUUCUAAAGUGAAUAUAAAGAUAGCAGACUUUGGACUUGCAAGAGUUUAAGCAGAUAAUGGAGAAAUAAUGACAGGAGUAUUAGGAACCUUUGUAACAUAUAUAUAUUAUCUAAAAUUUUAGCAUUGGAUGGCUCCUGAAGUUUUUCAGAAUGUACCUUAUACUAUAAAAGCAGAUGUUUAUUCAUAUGCAGUAAUAAAGUAUUUUAUUUUUAGAUAGUUUUAUGGGAAAUUUGUUGCAGAGAAACACCUUAUAAAUAGUUAUCUACAAAUCCUCCUGCAAUAAUGAAAUUAGUAACUGUUGAUAAUGGAAGACCUGAUCUAAAUUUGUUAUAAUUAGGAUGUCCUUAAUUUUUAAGAGAUUUAAUGGUAAAAUGUUGGGAUUAAGAUCCUAACAAAAGACCGUCAUUUUAAGAAAUAACUUAAUACUUGCAUGCAUAAUUAUGA